AUGGAGAACAGUGACCAUGGAGGAGAUGUGGGAGGAGGUGGAAUGAUAGAUAAUGAUGGAGAGAAAGACAAAUACCUUAAGAACCAGCUCAACAGUGAGGAGAAAGGAGAAAAGGAGAUCAAAGUGAAUGAGAAGGAGAAGAAGAAGGACAGCCGGCGAUCUGGUUCUCUGUGGAGAAGUGGAUGGGCGCUGAGCGAAAGGCUGGCCAUCAAUGUGUCAGGGAUGCGGUACGAGACGCAGCUUCGCACCUUAGCCCAGUUCCCUGACUCCAUGCUUGGGGACCCACAACGGCGGCUACGAUACUUUGACCCACUGCGGAACGAGCUCUUCCUGGACCGCAACAGGGCCUGCUUUGAUGCCAUUCUUUACUUCUAUCAGUCAGGCGGGAGGCUUCGGAGGCCUACCAACGUGCCUCUGGACAUCUUUAUGGACGAGCUGACAUUCUACGAGCUGGGAGAGGAAGUCAUGAACCGGUUCAAGGAGGAUGAAGGUUUUCCCAAAGAGGAGGAAAGGCCAUUGCCAACCAACGAAAUCCAGAAAAGACUAUGGAUGCUGUUUGAGCAUCCCGAGUCCUCGUCAGGAGCGCGGAUCAUCGCCAUCAUCAGUGUUAUGGUCAUUGUGGUGUCCAUCCUCAUUUUCUGCCUGGAGACACUGCCUGACUUCAGGAAUGAGAAGGAGAUGCGAGAGGAAUACUUUUACAAGUACUACUCAAAUCCAAAGAAUGUGUCAGAAAACAUGCCCCCUCCACCCAGUGUUUUCCAGGACCCUUUUUUUUUGGUGGAGACCAUGUGUAUCUGCUGGUUCUCCUUUGAGCUCAUCAUGCGCUUCACUUGCUCCCCCAGCAAGAUGCACUUCUUCAAGGACGUUAUGAACAUCAUUGAUUUCAGUGCCAUCCUGCCCUACUUUGUCACGCUGGGAACAGAGCUGGCCAAAGACAAUGACGCCUCUCCAGCUACAUCCCUGGCCAUCAUCCGAGUCAUCAGGCUGGUGAGGGUGUUCAGGAUCUUCAAGUUGUCUCGUCACUCCAAGGGCCUCCAGAUUCUGGGUCAGACACUAAGGGCCAGCAUGCGCGAGCUGGGCCUGCUUAUCUUCUUCCUAUUCAUUGGCGUCAUCCUCUUCUCCAGUGCCAUCUACUUUGCUGAAGUGGACCACAAUGAAACAGCCUUUGUCAGUAUCCCGCAUGCCUUCUGGUGGGCGGUGGUCACCAUGACCACGGUGGGUUAUGGCGACAUGUACCCAGAGACGGUGUGGGGCAAGCUGGUGGGCUCCAUGUGCGCCAUUGCUGGUGUGCUAACCAUCUCGCUGCCUGUGCCUGUCAUCGUGUCCAACUUCAGCUACUUCUAUCAUCGCGAGACUGAAUGUGAGGACCAAACCGAAUACACGCACGUUAAGACAACACUGUGGGAGGAAAAUGAGCCUGAGGGGGAGGACACAGAGGAAGGGGAUGGGGAUCUAGAGGGAGAUUAUUAUACUAUUGAAGGCAUCUGCAACCCUCUGAAUGGGACUCUGCUGGGUGGACUGUGUGCAGGGCAAAGUAUAGAAUCCAGAGGAGGAAAUCUAUAUCUGCGGGAGCCACUAGUUACUCAGGUGUAA